UGUUGAUCGGCUGCUCUUCAACACGAUAGAUUUGAUGCUGAUGUGGCUCAGAAUGGCUCCUGCUCUUCAUCUGAUCUUUCUGCUCAUCAUUCACAGGGUUUCAGCUGCUGGUUGGGGUGUGAAUUACAGUCCUUCACACAUCUGUGCACUACAGAACUCAACAAUGACAAUCAGUUGCACUUUUACAUACCCGAAUACUGAAUAUCAGAUCAUGAAAGUGUUCUGGAACAAAGACCAAGUAUAUAAUGGAGUAGAGUUUGCAGAUCUGUCUGAGGACCCUGAAUACAGUCAGAGGCUUCAGUAUCUGGGAGAUAAACAGCAGAACUGCACCAUCAGACUGAGUCAUGUGACAAAGAAAGAUGAAGGCCAGUAUUAUUUCAGAUUCACUACUAAUGUAGCAAAUCAAAAAUGGACUGGUAUUCCAGGAGUGAUUCUCUCUGUCACAGAACUUCAGCUGGAGUCUCCUGAGAGAGUGAAAGAGGGAGAUUCAGUCCGUCUGACAUGUAGAAGCAGCUGUAAACUGACUGACACACCAACAUUCAUCUGGUACAGAAACUCACACACAUUGACUAAUAUUGGAGAUGAACUCAACAUCAGUCCAGUCAGUAGAGGAGAUGCAGGCAGAUAUAGAUGUGCUGUACAUGGACACACACUCACAUCACCUGAGGUCUAUCUCAAUGUCAUGUAUCCUCCGAAGAGCAUCUCAGUGUCCAUCAGUGGAUCUGCUGUAAUAAUGUCUGGAGAUUCAGUGACUCUGAGCUGCAGCAGUGACUCAAACCCUCCUGCAGAAAUCAACUGGUAUAAAGGGAAAACAUCUGUAAGAUCUGGAAGAAUCUUAAACAUCUCCAAGAUCAGCUCUGAUGACAGUGGAGAAUACAAGUGUAGAGCCAGAAAUGCACAUGGAGAGAAAUACUCUGAUCCUGUGACUUUAGAUGUUCAGUAUCCACCCAGAAGUGUCUCAGUGUCCAUCAGUGGAUCUGCUGUAAUAAUAUCUGGAGAUUCAGUGACUCUGAGCUGUAGCAGUGACUCAAACCCUCCUGCUCUGAACUUCAGCUGGUUUAAAGGAGAAACACUUGUAGGAUCUGGAAGAAUCUUCAGCAUCUCCAAUAUCAGCUCUGAUGACAGUGGAGAAUACAAGUGUAGAGCCGGAAAUGUCCAUGGAGAGAAACACUCUGAUCCUGUGACUUUAGAUGUCCAAUCUGUUAGAUUUGUCUCCUGGUCUUCUGGAUUUGCUGUUGGUUUUGCUGUUGGUGUUUUUGUCGGUGGAGCAUCAGCAACAAUCAGUGCUGUGCUUUACUUCUGUCUUUCUAAAAGGAAGAGCAGAAGAUCUGCAGUUAAAGACUCUGUGGUGAGAUGA